CCUGUGCCCAGGAGGGCUCCUCGGCGGGUGUGCUCAGGUUGGGGGCUAUGGUGAUGCUGGGCUGCGCCUCUGGUUCUCUUUAAGGCAGCAGCCUCCCUGGCCAUGGCUCUGAGGGAGCUGAAAGUUUGCUUGCUGGGGGACACUGGUGUAGGCAAAUCAAGUAUUGUGUGGCGAUUUGUAGAAGACAGCUUUGAUCCUAACAUCAACCCAACGAUAGGAGCAUCUUUUAUGACAAAGACUGUGCAGUAUCAAAAUGAGUUGCAUAAAUUCCUAAUCUGGGAUACAGCUGGACAGGAACGAUUCCGUGCUUUAGCACCAAUGUACUACCGAGGCUCAGCAGCAGCUAUUAUAGUUUAUGACAUCACAAAAGAGGAAACCUUCUCAACAUUAAAGAACUGGGUGAAAGAACUUCGACAACAUGGACCUCCAAACAUUGUUGUAGCUAUUGCGGGAAAUAAGUGUGACCUUAAUGAUGUAAGAGAAGUCAUGGAAAAAGACGCUAAAGACUAUGCAGAUUCCAUCCAUGCCAUAUUUGUAGAGACCAGUGCUAAAAAUGCAAUUAACAUAAAUGAACUCUUUAUAGAAAUUAGUCGUAGAAUUCCAUCAACUGACACCAACCCCCCAUCUAGCAGUAAGGGCUUCAAACUUAGAAGACAGCCUUCAGUGACAAAACGCAGCUGUUGUUGACUGAUACUUUAGAAAAUCAGACUUGUUUUGAAAGUAGGUGGUCUUGGAAGCUAAUAGUUUAUGUUGGGUAUAUAUUAUUGGUCUUAGAACUUAUCUGCCUGAUGUUCAUACUUCAAGGUCCCAUAAAAAUGGACCAGCUCAUCUGACAUCUGUAUGCUCACAGAAGAGACUGCAGUCAUGAUAAUGUCAGCCUGUUUAUUUACAACACGUAUAGUGUCUCUUGUAUUCAAAGGGAAUCCAUCAUCAGUUCUUUGGCCUUGCGUGAAAGGAAUGUUGACAUAUGGAUGGUAGGACUGAAAUGUUUAAUAGUUUUGUAAUCAACAUGAUGUGUAAUGUUUUUUGUAAAAGGGAAAUGAGCACUUUCGUGGUCCAGAGGGAUGAGGAGGGGAGAAGAAACAGCCCUGUUGAAAUAGUGACUUUAAUUUUAAGGCUAUUCUGCUACCCUUUCAAUUGUUAUGAGCAUUAUUUUAAAUAUAAUUAUAGCUAAUCCAAAGUACAGUGAGGCAAUUGGUUGUAGAUGGCUUCAAAAUAAGUUACUGAUAAAAAUGAGCAAAUCAGCCCAUCCAGUCCCCAGAUCCCACUUGCACUUUUUAUUUAAAAGUAUUAUGAACAAACAAGCAGUGAAUUUUAAAUCAUAGACAAUCUUACCUUUUCAUGCUGGCUUAAUCAUUUAAAGGCAAACUGAUACAUUUAUAAGCACCUAUUUAUUUUUAGUAAGCAUUUUUACUAUUAAAAAUGGUGGUCAAAGAGAAUGUAGCUAAAACUCUUUCUAAAUUUAAACUGAGCAUGACUGACAAUAGAUGCCGUCAAUAGUUCUAGUAAGACUUUAAUAUUUUGGGGGAAAGCUCUUUAUUGCUUCGCAUGUGUAAAGUGUUUGUACUAUAUUUAUGAGACCAAUGCCUAAAGUAUUAUAAAUUAUGUAAAAGCAGUUGAGAAAUCAGCUUUCUUCAGUCUUUCCAUUCCUCACCCAUUGAUAGAGUCUCUGGGGAUCUCCAACAAUUCUGUCCCUGCUUGUGAGGUCUUACAUUGCAAUCAAUGACCUCUUCCAGAAGAAGGUUGGGUGAUGCUCCCCUCCUAUCACAUCUGCAUUUCUGCUUGAAAUGGCUGGUAGAUGUCACUGUUGGUGAAGCAUGUGGCUUGUCCAUUGAGCAGAUCACCUCUGCAGUGCACCCAAUCCUUGCUGGCUGAGGCACAAAAAAACGAACAGGAAACCAAAUCCAAGUCACGUAUGGUAGCGUAGAUCGUUACCUCUUGGUUCCUGGGUCUAGCCCAAAUAACUUGGCAUUUUUUUUAAGCAAAUCAGCUUUUAGCUUAUGUUGUACUGUUUUUCUUACAUUUUAUAUUAAACUAUAAAUUGACCGUAUCCUAUUAUGCUAUUUUCAUUAUUUAUUUUUGGUUUCCUCUAGAGCUAGUGGAGAACUUCUUAUUUUUAAAGAAAGCGCCUAAUAAAGUAUUUUCAAUAUUUGAGUUUAUUUUGAUAUUGAAGUUAAAGCCAUGUCUGUGACACUUGUUCCCGAUUUUGUAAUUUGGCAGUCUACAAUCUUAAGUAUUUUAGCUGAAGGAAAAUUCAAAGGCUAAGGAGGAAAUAAAACAGCUUAUAUUUCAGAUUAAAUCCUAUUCAGAAUCCUUGUUUCAAAGCUAUCCUCAAGCAAACUGUUUCGCUAUUAUAGUAACUUGGUGUGAUAGAAAGCAUAUUCUGAAUGGGGUUAAUAGGCUUUAAUGAAAUGUUGGGAUUAAAACUUCUUAAGACCAAGAUUUCAAAGUGUGGCCUCUAUCUGUGGGUAUGCAGUCCUUUGAGUGUGCACUUCUGUUUGCUGCAAUAGCUUAUACAUGCUCAAACUUCCUGCAUGUGCAGAUGGGUUACGAGCAUAUAAAGUCUAUUGCGUGUGCCCAAAAAUGGAGGCUGGUUUGAAGCCCCUAUGAAAAAAAUUGCCCUAAUAAAGAAUCUUACAAUAAAGACAGAAUAAUUAUGUAUUGGUGUGCAGCAUGGUUCAACCUAAAAUAUAUAAUAAUAUGAUUGAAAUCUUUGUGUGGCAUUUGAAGCAAUAGAUUAUAAGUAUAAAGUUUAAAGUUUUGUAAAAGCUAUGAUAGUGUUAUAUCAAAGCAGGCUAGCAACUGAGGACUUAAUUAUAUAUAGCUACUCAAAGCCCUUGCACAAUGGCAAUCAUUUUUGAAUGCCAAACUUGUUUGAAAGUCUUGCUCUGUCUUCAGUUAACCAACUGGCAGGGUUUUAAUAAAUAACAGACUGGGAUGUGGUUAUCCAAUUAAUGAAGAGAGAUUAAAAAAUUUUGAUUUAAAAGCUAGUCCAAAAAAGAUGUCAAGCAGUAUACUCAUCUGGCACUUCAGUAUGCUUUUGUAGCAGAGUUCUCUUUCAGGAUAACACAAAAUAUAUUCCUCUUUUAGGGUUGGGGGUUGUUUACUUGGAAGCAUCAGCAGCUCACCAUUUUGUAAUGCUGGUUUUGUAAUCUUGUGUUAUCACUGUAACCCCACACUGAAAAUAUUUUGUACCCUUCAAUUACAAAUAAUUGCUUUUUGUUCCAGCUUCUUAUCUAAAGAUAAGAUUUAGUAUAUACUUACAGUAGGCUCUGUCGAGCUGCUUCUACACACCAUAUUUUGUUAUCACAUGGUUGCAUGGUGUCACGGUUCUACUUGCAAGCUGUUGAUGUUGGCAGUGCUUCAGAAGUCUCCUUCCCCAUUCCACCCAAAGCAUUAGGUGCCUUCACUAUCUUUAAUGUGUUCACCUGCCUUGGAUUUCUUCAGGCUUGUUAAUAGUGUUUGAGCAUAAGAAUUUUAUUGUAAAUCUGACAAGUUUCCGGACAUUGAACAGCAUAUUAUAUAAUCUGUGAAAGAUCAAUAAUAUCUCUCAUGCAGAAGAUCCAUUCAGGUAGCUGCAAACAGAUUCACACCCUCUAUAUUAUCACUUCAGUGUCCUUGCACAUAAAAGUAUAGGUUUAAUCUCCAUUGUCUCCUCUCUGAGAAUAACUGGCUUAACUACACCUAUAAAAUAUGCAUUAUUUGAAAAGAAGAUAUUUGACUCUAGAAUUGUAGUAAUAGUCUUACAAUAGAGUCCUCAAUCAGGAUCCAAUGAAGCCAUAUAGCCGUAUCUCUUAGCAAAUCUUUAAUAACUUGAGAGAUGACCAAGGAAAAGCCCCUCUUUUUGGCCAGCAUUUGUUUUUUCCAAAUACAGUUUGGCAUAUGGUAAAUUUGGUCCCUGGCAAGAUAGACUAAGAUUAAUACAUCAUCUUCUUUAACAAGCCAGUCCUAUAUCCUUCCUCCUCUGACUAAAUCUUGACGUCUCAUAACUCUUCUUCCUUUUACUUUUUUAAAUCUACACAAGUGAAAUUUCUCUGUAGCUCUACCCACUUGAAUGAGGUAUCAAUGUAGUUUUUUUUCCCUUUGUGCAACUGUCUUCUGAUUCUGAAUCACCCACUGUUAGACUUAACCUGACCGUUUCCAUGCCUUCGUUAUCAGUUUACAUAAAAAUAGUUUCAUGAACAUUAGCUGCGACAUAGUGUCUUGUAAGUAUCAUGCCUGUUUAAAAUAUGUCAGAAUGCUGCUUGAUCCCAGAUCCCAACUUGAUUGUUCGCUUGAAAUUAUCUGGAAGCUGAAAUACAAUAACAUGAGUAAACAUCUCCCUGGAUCAGAGACAUCCAUGUAGUUGAGUGUUUGGCUUGGUGCAGUUUCAUCUGUCAGAGCUACGUAGCUUUCCUGCAAAUUCUACUGUAUCAGUGCAUCUCAUCAAGCCAUCAGCCUUCAGGCUUGUCUACAGUUAAAUUUAUAGCGCUCUAACUUGCUGGCUCAGAGGGGUGAAAAAUCACCCCCCCUGAGUGCAGCAAGUUUGAGUGCUUUAUAGCGCUAGUGUGGACAGGCUCCAAGCGCUGGGAGAGCUCUCUCCCAGCACUCGCACGUGACCACAUUCACACUUCAAAGUGCUGCUGUGGCAGCGCUUUGAAGUUUCUAGUGUAGACAUAGCCUUCAUAUGUGCUGCACAGUGUUCAGCUGAAGUUACUUACAUUUUUUUGUCCCUAAAUAGCUUUUGAGUCUGUUCUUUUGGAGGUACUGAGCAUCACUGGUUCUAGUUGACUUUCUAAAAACAUUCUCUUCUCUGAAGUAGGAGAUCAGAAGCUCAGCACUUCUAAGGUCUCAACUUUUUAAAUGACUGAAAUGCACUCUUGAAAAUUUAGCCUCUGAUAUUCCCAAAGGGAAUGGACUUUUCUGAGGUAUGAUUUGAGUAAUGGCUGAAAGUAACAUCCUCUCUGUAGCACAAUGCAUGUCUUUUGGUAAUGAUCCUAUGCAUCUUUUUGAAACUGACAAAGUGGAAACAUUUCAGCUCUUUCUUCAGAGUUGUUUUUCAAAUGGAGUACAAAAGUGUAGCAACUAUUGGCUGACAUGUCUAAGAUCAAGCUGGGAGCAGGAUAAGCAUGCUCCUAAAUUUUUGUGGGGGCAAAACCCCACAAAACUACUAUGAAUUGAACUCUUUAGUCCUAAAUAUAUGCUUAGAAACUGCUUCUCUGAUGUAUGUGGCUUUACAGUACUGGGUUUUUGUGCACCUGCUGAGAUCCUCCUCCUAAGCCUCUAAAUGGACAUGCUCUGCUGGUUUACUUACUUUAACAAAAGGCAGAAACGUUCCUGGGUUUUUUUCUAGAGGCAAGAUUAUUGAAAAUCCUCUGGAAACUAGGAAUCUGAGUUCUCUUGGGAGUUCACAGUUUUUGCUGCCAAGAAGUUAAAAUUCUUGAGCUUAUUAGAGAAACCACACCUUGUAUUACUAGCUUAUUUAUUUGUCUUGCCUAUCUUUAAACUUUAAAUUGAUGCAACGCUUAACUUCCAGUAAAAUCAGUAGUAUUUUUUGCUUGAAGUGCUACAGGGUCUGGUCCUUAAUGUUUUUGAUGGAGGCAUUCUGUGCAAAAUAAACCCUUUAUGUGACUAUAUGUAAUAUGAAUAUAACAUUACUACAAGCACAUGUGAUGGGAGUUUUUCUCCUCCUUUAAGAUAGUGUAGUUGGAAGAUAUGAUAGUCACUAUAGUGUUCUGGAAACCUCAUUCUUUAAAUUGGUCAGGAGACUGAGAAUUCGUUGUUCACUGGCCAGCUCUCAUCAGGGAGCUAUCUCCUUUGUAGAUGGUAAAGCCUUCAAUUUAGUUGCUGAAAAUAAAAUCAUUCAAGGUGAAUAUUUUGCAUGAUUUAAAAGCUAUCCUCGACAGGCUCUUCAUGAAGAUGUUAAAUCUAAACUAUUCUGUAUUUAAUAUUACUGGAGACAAACAUGAUAUAAAACACUUAAGAUUAUGAGGGGAAAAGCAGCUUUUAUCAGUGAUGUUUGGAUGACUUCCCUCCUUGUAGAAGUGUCUCUAGUAUUUGUUGAGAAUGAGGUUUUAUAUUUGUGGUGUGUUGACUACUUUUGGGAAUUGCAGGUUUACAGGAGAUGCUGUCUGAACUCCAUGGCCUGUGACUCCUUUAGUGAACUUUGCUCAUAAAUAGCAAUAACUAAAUAAAAGUAAAAAUUCAAAGUAAUU